ACUAAACAUUGUCAUCUUUGUCGUUGGUCAUGAAGAAACAGGUUUUGUAGAAAUUCAUGUGUUAAUUUCAUCUUGGUUUAACUAGGACUAACAUCAGGAUUCAAGAGUCGAAAAGUGCAUCAUGGGGAAGAAAACAAACCCACGAUUGAAACACAAGUUGAUUAUGGGAACUCUUGUGAUUUGCAUGAUGGGUAUUUACUGUUUUUCUGCGCAGACAAAUCACGACACAAACAGUGCUUCUUUUGCCUCGUGUCCUCAAGUCACACCGCAGAUCUCGAAUAAUUCCUCCGCAGAAAAUGUGACCUGUAAGCCAAAGGUCAACCUGAUGUUCAUGAAAACCCACAAGACCGGCAGCAGCACUAUGCUAAACAUUCUCCUUCGUUUUGGAGAAAAGAAUCAAUUAAAGUUUGCGCUCCCAAACAGUCGGAACGACUUUUUCUACCCAUCUACAUUCUUUCGCAGUCAGGUGAAGAACUACCGCCCGGGCCUGUGCUACAACAUCGUCUGCAACCACAUGCGCUUCAAUGCACCUGAGGUAGAGAAGCUGUUCCCGGGAGACGCUGCCUUCUUCACCAUCCUAAGAGACCCUGCGGAGCUAUUUGAAUCCUCCUUUCACUACUACAAAGGGUACGUGCCUCAAACAUGGAGGAUACCCGGAAAAAACAAACUUUCUGAGUUUCUUACAAACCCGAGCCGCUACUUCAAUCCAGAAGGAAUCAACAGCUUCUAUCUGAGGAACCUGCAGAUUUUUGACCUCGGCUUCGAGAACAAUUUGGAGGUCGACGAUCCACGAGUACAUGAAAGCAUAGAGUACGUGGCAAAGCGUUUUCAACUAGUUUUGAUUUCAGAUCACUUUGAAGAGUCCCUCAUUCUACUGAAAGAUGCCCUGUGCUGGCAGAUGGAUGACAUGCUGUUCUUUAAACUCAAUGCUCGAAGAGCCGUGUCUGUUUCUGCUAUGAGCCCCGAUCUCAAGGGCAAAGCUCGAGAGUGGAACGGCGCAGACUGGAAGCUCUAUCAACAUUUUAAUGCCACUUUCUGGGCUCGGGUGGAGGCCUAUGGACGGAGGCGGAUGGAAGAGGAUGUGAGGGAGUUACACAGGAGGAACGCAGAAAUGGAGGCCAUAUGCAUUGACGGUCGGGGAGCGGUAGUGGCAGAGGACAUCACAGAUGUACAUAUGAAGCCCUGGCAGCCUCUUGGAGAUGCUGCUAUACUAGGGUACAAUCUGAGGGCGGAUAUACCCCAACAGUUCAGUGACCUCUGCCGGAAGAUGUUGACCCCCGAGAUUCAGUAUUUGACAGAUUUAGGUGUCGAUUUGUGGCUCACUAGAUUAUGGGGCUGGUUCAAAGACAAUGUGUUAUCAUGA